AUGGUAGAAGAAGAAGACAAGAAGCAGACCAUUACCAACAAAGAUGACCAUCAGGAUGCAGGCGCGUCUCCUUCUCGCAGCAAAAACCGUGACGGACAUCAUCGUAAGAGGAGGGAGGAAGGUGAAAAGAAAGUCGGUGUCGCAAUUGGAGUAGAUAUCAAGGAUAAGAAGAGAAGAGGUCAUCGCAAAAGUAGCAGCAGAAGCCCUCGUCCAAGUUCCACCAAAACCAAAUCGGAUGACGACAUCAAGGCCAAGGAAAAGUCAAGAAGACACGGCGAUCGCAAAAGUAGCAGCAGAAGCCCUCGUCCAAGUUCCACCAGAGCCAAAUCGGAUGACGACAUCAAGACCAAAGAAAAGUCAAGAAGACACGGCGAUCGCAAAAGUAGCAGCAGAAGCCCUCGUCCGAGUUCCACCAGAUCCAAAUCGGACGAUUCCGUAAAGGCUAAGGCCAAAGCUGGAAAGGCUGGAGCUGGAAAAAGUCUCAGUCUAUCGCCAGGCGCCCAAUCCGUGGGCCUGGAUGGCAGCUCCCGUUCACACAGCAGUGAUGCUGAUCAAAAGAGGCGAAGUCGGCGAUCCACCAAGGUAUUGAAACCUGGUGCCGAAAGUGUGAGUAGUACAGAUCGGAACGACAGAGAUUCCAGGGCCAAGAGAAGCGCCAGUUGUGGUAGAUCAUCUACUAUGACGGGUGGAAUGGAUAUCGUGCUCGAAGGUGAUGUCAUGGAACGAGGUACCAUACCAGCGAAAAAUGACAACGGAGAGCUCAUGAUUGCUGCCACAAUUUUGGAAGAGGAAGACAAAGAGGCUCGAGAGACCAAAGUGCAAGCAAGAGUGGAGGAAGGGAAAAGGCGACCCCAAAAGGGUUUCGAGGAAAUGCCCCUAAGAAUGCUGGAGGAUGAAGGUGGUCAGGGUGCCGCAACCGACGACGAAGCAAGAAAGAAGAAGCCAUGUUGGAAGAGUCCAAAGGUACUCGUAUUGGUACUAAUCUUGUUGGUUAGCGGUGGCAUCGCUGUGUUCUUUGCGUUGUUUGGGAGCAAAAGUGAACUCACCGAGAAGGACGCUCAACUUGAUUUCCCGGCAGCUCCAGCGAUUGUUACCACCAGUGCCCCCAGCGGCCCUCCAAGCAAUUGGCCUUCUAGCGCACCUUCGGUUGCACUCAAGUACGAUCCACCGUCAUUGGAGCAGUGUGAAGCAAUCGCAAAAGGUGAAGUUACCGACGAGCAGCAGCAAAGUCUUACUUUGAAGACAGUGGUCGUCCACAUGGAUGCCUUGAUGGAUGCUAACGAUCCAGACAACAUUGACACUGCUGUGGUGGCAUCUGAACUGCAAAAUGCCUUCCAACGAGUUUUAGUCCCAGCAUUGGCUCGAUGUCCUUUCAACACAGACGUUGGUCGUCGUUCUUUGCUUGGAAACAGUGCCGUUCGACCAGGAAACAAAACCUUUCUUCGACGGGAGUUGAGUAAUGAGCCAUACGUCGUGGACGCUGGUGUGGUCACCGUGGAAGUUUCAGCAGACGUCUCAUGCAGUCAAAUCGCGGCAAGUCCGUCCUGUCUUUUUGUAUCGGUGAUUCUGGAUUUGUAUCUGCAUGAAGAUCUCAAGUUUUGGGAGCUGAUCGGGCUGGUCAGCGAAGCGUCGACAAGCGGUGAUAUCAUCAAUUUGACAGAACUGCUGGGCCUACCUUCACCACCAUUCAUCCGGUUGGUGAUUACCGACAGUCUUCCAGGAAACGACACCGACUCCCCGACUGCAUUUCCAACAGGCGUUCCAAGUGUGUCUCCGUCAUUUGCACCGACAAAGGAGGCAACACCAGCUCCAAGUGCACAGCCUGUGACACCGGCCCCCUCUAUGGCUCCAUUUGUUGGACAAACACCAUCACCGUCAACUAUCCCAAGCUCUUCUCCAACAUUUGCACCGACAAAUUUACCGAGUGAAUCCCCAUCAGGAAGCCCAAGCACUCCCCGACCAACUCUCGCACCUGUUGUUGGACCAACACCACCUCCAACUGGCUAUCCAACUGCAAAUCCGUCGUCUGUGCCAACAAAACUACCAAGUGAAUCCCCAUCAGGAAGCCCAAGCACUCCCCGACCAACUCUCGCACCUGUUGUUGGACCAACUCCACCUCCAACUGGCUAUCCAACUGCAAAUCCGUCUUCUGUACCAACAAAACUACCGAGUGAAUCCCCAUCAGGUAGCCCAAGCACUCCCCGACCAACUCUGGCACCUGUUGUUGGACCAACACCACCUCCAACUUCCUUUCCAACUCCUAGCCCGUCUACUGAACCUAGCUUGAUACCAACGAAUAUACCGAGUGAAUCCCCAUCAAGUAGCCCAAGCACUCCCCAACCUACUCUGGCACCUGUUGUUGGACCAACACCACCUCCAACUUCUUUUCCAACUCCUAGUCCCAGUACUCAGCCUAGCUUGGAACCAACGCCCGGACCGAGCAAAGCACCGACACCAACACCGACACCAGCACCGACACCAGAACCGACACCAGAACCGACAUCGGCACCUACUUCCAGUCCAACAUAUCUGCCAACAACGUCUCCGUCUGUCUCACCUACCGCAUUUGAUAGACAGCAAGCAGUUGCCGCUCAUAUUACCGCUGAAGGAUUUACCAAUUCUGUCAAUGAUGCUGUCAAUUGGAUUCUAACAGUCGAUGAUUGGUAUCCAAGUUCUUCGACAGAUGCUGCUGCGAUGAUUGUAGAACGAUACAUUAUGGCGGCUCUUUUCUACAAGACUGGUGGAGAAACUAAUUGGUUGACGAAAACCGGUUGGUUAUCAACUGAUUCGGUGUGCAGUUGGCAUGGAAUCGGCUGUGCUGGUGGGAGAGUGAGAGAUAUCGAUUUGGGUUUCAAUAGUCUGAAGAACCGCAUUCCGUCUGAGCUAGGAAGAAUUAAUGGUUUGGAAAAGCUCUAUUUGCACAACAACGCGCUGACUGGUAGAAUUCCCAAAGCAAUUCUUAAAGAGUCAAUCAAACGACUUCAUUUAGAUCAAAAUGACCUAAGGGGUACCAUCAGAACCGAUAUUGGUCGAAUGAGCAAUUUGAUAUCAUUGAAAUUUUUUGGGAACAAUCUUGGACCCGGAACGCUCCCAACGGAGAUUGGAAGCUUGACUGCCCUAACGAGGUUGUAUCUCUCGGAUAGCGGUAUAUCAGGGACCAUGCCAACAGAAUUUGUCAACCUGGUAAAUCUUAACGAUCUCAGAAUGCAGAAAAAUCAAAUGACAGGAACUAUUCCUCAACUGGGAAAAUCAAACAUCCCGACUUGCGAUUUGUCGCAAAACUCAUUUAGCAGUAAAGGAAAUGGGCGUAACGCUGGAUGUGUAGUUUGA